AUGGCAAUGCUGCCGUGCUUGGCCUCCGGCGCCCUCCUGGAGAACUACGGCCUCACGGUCAGGGGCACGUUCAUCGAUGGGCCCGUGCACUGGUUCGACGUCGCGGGCGGCGGCGCGCUGCGAGCGCGUUCGGCGCCGCCGCGCGGUGGCCGCCCGUGCGGCGAGCCCGGCUCGCCCGUGGUACGCAGGCCGAUCUUGCCAGUGUUCGAGCGCAGCAAGAUCGCGAGCCACAAGGCCAGGGGCCGCAGCCCUUCGGCCGACAGCGAGGCCAGCACCGACGUGGGCGCGCCGCCAUCGGACACUCCGCAGUUCGACUUCCAGACUCCGUCGGAAAGCUCGCCGCCUUGCCACGGCGAGUUUCCGGAGGGGCCGCAGGAGCACUCGGAGCGGCUGGCCGCGCUCGUGGAGCAGCACUGCGCCUUCCUGCGCCUCAAUGGCUACAGUCUGCAGCACCACAGCACGGACAAGGCGGGGCG